AUGAACUUGAAUCAAUGUACAACAGCGACUGCUUUAAAUAACUUGGAGGAGAUGCAACACAAUCCGAUGAUGUACCGCGGGACCGAACGUGGAAGAAGCGUGGGAGUUGGCCCCAUGAGGUCACGACCUAUGGAAAAGAGGUAUGACACGUCGCCGUACAGCGGUACAUACUUAUCACCACCACCUGACACCUGGCGAAGAACUAAUUCAGAUUCAGCUCUGCACCAGAGUGCCAAUGAAGCUUGCCAAUCGGCCUCCACGAUUCCUCAUCGACGAGAUCAACAUGGUAUGGGUAAUACGACAAAUGACAAUAGAGAUGGCCAUCAUAAUUUUAUUGAGAGACCGAGAUCUUCCUGUGAGAUGCCAAGAGUACCAGGCAUCCAUAUAUAUCCAAGUUCGCAACCACCAGGACCUCAAACGCCUAUAGGUAACAAUACAGGAUCUUUACCAGAUCUGAGUAAUGUUCACUUCCCGUCGCCUCUUCACACACCGUUGGACCAAGAAGAUCACUCGAGUAGUACACAAUAUAGUAAUAGUCCUCAAACGGGCAGUCCUACAACCCUGUCGCCAACCAGCUUGGUGCAAGCUGGAAGGCUAUCCUUUUCACAGGAUCACAGUCCACCAGGCGCCCAACAGGGUGUGACGUUGGAAAAUAGUACAAGUACUUCGCAGCAGGAUUUACGCUCGUACGGACAACAAACGGCUCAGCAACCACCCUCAACAUCUCACAGUCCUGGUCACCACUAUAUUUAUCAGCAGCCACACAGUCCUGUGCCGCCGCAAAGUCCCAAUGGAUCUCAAACGCAUCAAUCGCAACAGCAACUAAAUUCCCUGGGAUCGUAUCGCACCAACCAACCAUUAAAUCGGCCGUCUCCUCAAUCGUCGCCUGGCAUAACCCUUCAGGGCAGUCCUUUGAGCUACAGCAAUAAUCCUUCAGCGCCACCGAGUCCUACAGGUCACCCGGGAUCGACGGGUCUUACCUCUGAUAGUUUAGAUCAAAAUAGUUAUUUCCUCACUCAGGUGCAAGCUGCGGCGCUUCAACAGACUUUUGAGCAAUUCAACAUGACGGAUUCGUCGUUGGAUCCAAACUCCAUUGGUUCGUACAUCGGCUCACCAAAUGACACAUCUAGUUUUAUUCAUAAUGACAUGAUUAAUGUCGGUGGUGAGUUGGGUAGCAACGACACAAGCUACUACAGCACGAGUCCUCAGAUGGCGUAUCAACCAAGGACGCCUACGACGACGCAACAAUUGACACCUCAAACGCCAAAUACACCUACAAUUAUAUUGACCGAUUUUUCGGGCACUGAUGACUUAACGAAGGAUCUCGGUUCAUCGAUUUCAAGCGACUUUGAUCCAGACCUGUUUGCCUCGGACGAAGCUCUAAGACAAGGCUUAGGUCCGCUUGACCUAGAUGGGUUGCAGAUGCUCACUGAUCCCGACGCGGCGAUAUCUGACGCAACUGUCGAAGAUCACUUUAGAUUAGAUUGUCUCUAA